UCGCGCGGUAAAGACGUCAGCGGCGGCUCCUAGAAUUAUUUUAUAUAUCAUUUAUUUUCUUAUUAAUUCCAUUAUACUAUUUAAAGAACAAGUUUUAUUAUAUAUAGAGUUUUAGUUUAUUAAAUUAUGCCCGUCUGUGUGUUCAGGAAAGGAGCUUGAAGGAAUAUAACCAAUCACCAUGGGUGUCGCAUCAGACGGUUUCACCAGCCAGUGGGGGGCGAAGAUAGCUGCCCUCAGGGAGUCGAGAAAGCUGGUGCUGGUGAUCGUGGCCAUCGCUCUACUCCUUGACAACAUGUUGCUGACCACCGUCGUACCAAUAAUACCGGAGUUUCUCUACGACAUCCGACACCCAGACGCUCCGCUCUCGAUGUCGCUGGAGGACAUCACGCUAGCCCCUCCCUCCCCCACUCCGUACUGCCCUUGUAUGCAGCCCAACACUACCAGCAUAAUACAAAAUGAUACACAGACACUAAACCUCACGGCACAACGAGAGGAGAGACAUCAGGAGUUGAUCCAUGAGACGGUGGCAGUUGGAGUCAUGUUCGCCAGUAAAGCGCUGGUGCAACUCCUCGCUAACCCCUUCGUUGGCCCACUAACUCACAAGAUCGGCUACAGUAUACCAAUGUUCACUGGGUUUAUCCUCAUGUUCCUGUCCACCCUAAUCUUCGCCUUCGGCCGUUCAUAUUCAGUGCUCUUCAUUGCCCGGGCGCUGCAGGGCAUAGGAUCAUCCUGUUCCUCUGUCUCCGGUAUGGGUAUGCUGGCUGAAAGAUACCCUGAUGAUAAGGAACGUGGCAACGCGAUGGGUAUCGCUCUAGGUGGACUUGCGCUGGGAGUGCUCAUAGGGCCACCGUUUGGCGGUCUCAUGUACGAGUUUGUUGGGAAGACCGCACCGUUCUUGAUGCUCUCCGCUUUGGCAUUGGGUGAUGGAUUGCUUCAGCUGAUGAUCCUGCAACCAGGAGUGGUUCGCCAGGAGUCGGAGCCACCGUCUCUCAAGGCCCUAGUCUCUGAUCCUUACAUUCUCAUUGCGGCAGGAGCCAUCACCUUUGCGAACGUGGGCAUUGCGAUGCUGGAGCCAAGUCUUCCAAUCUGGAUGGCUGACACUAUGGAAGCUCGACGCUGGCAGCAAGGAGUCGCCUUCUUACCGGCCAGCAUCUGCUAUUUGAUCGGUACGAAUCUGUUUGGGCCUCUUGGACACAAGAUGGGGCGAUGGCUGGCGGCUUGUUCUGGCCUUAUCAUCAUUGGAUUGUGUCUUAUCCUGAUCCCCAUGGCUCGCAAACUGGAACACCUGAUUAUCCCCAACGCUGGUCUGGGCUUCGCUAUUGGCAUGGUAGACUCCUCAAUGAUGCCAGAACUUGGAUUCCUGGUGGACAUCCGUCACGCUGCUGUCUACGGAUCUGUAUACGCUAUAGGAGACACCGCUUUCUGUCUAGGAUACGCUGUUGGACCGGCACUCUCAGGAGCCUUGAUGAACAGCAUCGGCUUCGAAUGGAUGCUGGUCAUAAUAGCAGUGCUCAACUUCGGGUACGCUCCCUGUCUUCUGUUCCUGAGGUCACCACCGGCCAGGGAUGAAAAACAGAGCCUAAUAAUAAGCGAAAAAUCAUCAGUCCGUUACGUGAGCUACCAGAACGAAGAAGAAGAAUAAAGCCGCCAUCUUGUCCCGCCAAUAUAUUCCCGCCAUUUUUUGACGUUUACCAAAGACUCGGGAGUUUUUUUUAAUGGGGUUUGCUUAGACGUCAAAGGAGUUGUUAUAGACAAAAUUAAAGUUAAAACUUUUUAAUAUAUUUCUUCUUAUACUGUAGUCUAUUGCCCAAAAAUGUAUAUUUUGAAAUCAUAUCUAAUAUACCUCUAAUAUAUUAUAUUUUGUGUCUGUCUAUGACCUAUAUAUAUACAACUAUUUCUAGACAUCUUCUCUGUAGAUAAGUCGUCUGACCAAUUUUGCUCUUUGACCUAAAACUGUAUACUAUUUAUGGCUUUUAAUAUUAUCUGUAUAUGACUAUGAUUAUGUAUACUUCUGCGAGUUAUAAAAAUAUUUAUGUACCUAAUAUUGUAAUUAUAGGAAAUAUAGCAAUAUUGUCCUGUUACUAAAAAAUAGAAAAAUAAAGAAAUGACCAUAAGCAUACAAAACAUAUUAAAAUGCAUUCUUCAUUACUUUUAACUUGUUUGUGAAUAUCUAAAAAGAAGUAUUUUUCAUAGCAACAAAGGUAAUUUACAAUUUUCUUAAAAAUAUAUACAAAUAGCAAAACAAGAAAGUCUACUCUAUUUCAAAAUAUUACAUCCUCGCAAAUAAUUCUUCUAAAACGAAAAUAUAUAUUUAAAUAGAAUGUCUUAUAUAUGUAAU